AUGGUUACAAUCAAGAAACAAAAAAAGGCAUUGGAUUCCACCACCACUCGUUUGGCAUCAGUUAUGAAAGCAGGCAAAUACUGUUUGGGUUAUAAACAUACUUUGAAGACAUUUCGUCAAGGCAAAGCUAAAUUGGUCCUUAUUGCCAGUAACACCACUGUUCUGAUGAAAUCCGAGAUUGAAUACUACGCCAUGUUGCCAAAGACUGAAGUCCAGCACUACAGCGGAACCAACAUUGAAUUGGGUACAGCUUGCGGUAAAUACUUCCGCGGGUGCACACUCUUUAUCACAGAUCCUGGUGAUUCCGAUAUUAUCCGCUCAGACAACAACUAA